AUGUCACAAGAAUCCCAGGUAUCAAGAGUCGCCUUCCGGAUGCCAGAAUUUGUCACCAUAUAUCCUGUGUUAUGGUUCGCCAUGGCUGAAGGAAGUUUCCACAGCGCGAGGGUGACACAGGACCCGACUAAGUUUGGCUAUACCGUGGGUGCCCUACCAGCCAAAUAUGCGACAGAAGUGAAGGACAUCAUAAUUAAUCCACCCAACGACAAGGCCUACCACAAAUUGAGGACGGAAUUGAUUCGACGUCUGUGUGCCACUCAAGAGGAGAAGACCCGACGCCUCCUGGUGCGAGAAGAAAUGGGAGACCGUAAGCCCACACAAUUUCUACGAUAUUUACAGGGACUUGCUGAUUCAGCUUUUCCGGAGAAUCUCAUGAAAUCGCUAUGGAUGAACCGUCUGUCCAAAAGCGUCCAGGAGUCGUUGGCCAUCGUAAAAGACAGCAGCCUCCAAGAGUUAUCCGUCCACGCAGACCACAUCAUGGAAGCAUUCCGACCUCCCGUACAACUGGUGAACGAGACAACUAGCAUCGAGGCCAUCAUCAGUGCUAAACUAGCACAGCUCACACUAUGUCUCAACCAGGAGAUAGCGACUCUGAGAGUCGAACUGGCAGCCCAAGCAUACCGAUCCCGGAGAGACAGGAGCCGAGGCCAUUCCGAGCAUCAUCCAAGAAGUCAUAGUCGAGGCAGACAACCAAUCGACGGCAAGUGGUAUCAUUGGAGAUCUGGAGCCAGGUCCACUAGAUGCAGACAGCCCUGCAACUACACCUCGGGAAACGAGGGGGGCCUUCACUAG